GCUUUUUCUCCAGCCAACAGCAAUCAUUCCCCAGCAAUAUUUAUAGCUCACUGCCAAAUGCAAAGAGAGAAAAGAGAUUAAAAAAAAAAGCCCCCAUCAACCCAACAAUCCCACAACGACUCAAGAGAGACUGAUUUUUCCAAAGCAAAAGGGAAAUAAAACAGUACCCACAGCAGAGACUCCUCUAGCGUGGCAGCUUCUUUCCCUUUUGCAGGAUGCUCUUAAGAUAGCAGGGUUUCUUGGCUCUUUUUUACCCCUCUUCUUCUAUUCCUUUCUCUCUCUCUUCCCCCCACCCUUUUUUUUUUCUUUUCGAGCAUUCAGUUAAAACAGCCCAGGAAGGACCGGAUCUGAUGCUUCCUCUCAUUUCUGUUGACUGCUGGGGAUGAAUCUGGGUCUAACCUGACCAUGAUUCCAAGGACUGGCACUUCUGAAUUUUUCCCCCCAAUUUGUAAAUAUCCAGAUCUUCUCUUUCCUAUUUUCAAGGCACAUAAAUUAUUGCUGUAUUUGGGAAUCUAGGCAGCAUCGAGGUACUUUUCUUUUCCUGAAUCUCUCUGGAAUCUUUUCUGGGAUAUUUUCCAUAAAUCAUCACAGAAAACAGGAGGAAUGAACCGGCAGCUAGUGAAUAUUUUGACAGCCUUGUUUGCAUUUUUCUUUGAGACAAACCACUUCAGGGCGGCUUUCUGUAAAGAACAUGAUUCAAGAUCUGGAAAAUCCCCCUCACAGACCCUGUCUCCUUCAGAUUUUUUGGACAAAUUGAUGGGAAGGACUUCAGGGUAUGAUGCAAGAAUCAGACCAAAUUUUAAAGGUCCUCCAGUAAACGUUACUUGCAAUAUUUUUAUCAACAGUUUUGGAUCAGUCACAGAAACCACAAUGGACUACAGAGUGAACAUUUUUUUGAGACAGCAAUGGAAUGACUCACGUCUGGCUUACAGCGAAUACCCUGAUGAUUCCUUGGAUUUGGAUCCAUCCAUGUUGGACUCUAUUUGGAAGCCUGAUUUGUUCUUUGCCAAUGAGAAAGGUGCAAACUUCCAUGAUGUUACAACAGACAACAAGCUGCUGAGGAUUUCUAAAACGGGGAAAGUUCUCUACAGUAUCAGGCUAACUUUAACCCUUUCCUGUCCCAUGGACUUGAAGAAUUUUCCUAUGGAUGUGCAGACUUGCACAAUGCAACUAGAAAGCUUUGGUUACACUAUGAAUGACCUGAUAUUUGAGUGGCUAAGUGAUGGUCCAGUACAAGUUGCAGAAGGUUUAACUCUGCCACAGUUUAUUUUGAAAGAAGAUAAGGAACUUGGUUACUGCACAAAACAUUACAACACUGGAAAGUUUACAUGCAUUGAAGUCAAGUUUCAUUUGGAGCGUCAGAUGGGAUACUAUUUAAUCCAGAUGUACAUUCCUAGCCUGCUGAUCGUCAUUUUGUCUUGGGUUUCUUUCUGGAUCAACAUGGAUGCUGCUCCAGCCAGAGUCGCUCUGGGCAUCACUACAGUGUUGACAAUGACCACUCAGAGUUCAGGCUCCAGAGCUUCUCUUCCAAAAGUUUCCUAUGUAAAAGCUAUUGACAUCUGGAUGGCAGUGUGCCUUCUCUUUGUGUUCGCUGCAUUAUUGGAGUAUGCAGCAGUCAACUUUGUUUCAAGGCAGCACAAGGAGUUUUUGAGGCUUCGAAGAAGGCAAAAGAGACAAAACAAGGAAGAUGAUGUUACUCGUGACAGUCGAUUCAAUUUUGGUGGCUAUGGAAUGGGUCACUGUUUACAAGUUAAAGAUGGCACUGCAGUCAAGGCUACACCUCCCAACCCUCCUCCAGCACCACCAAAAGAUUCAGAUUCCAUCAAAAAGAAAUUUGUUGAUCGUGCAAAACGGAUUGAUACAAUAUCGCGGGCUGCAUUCCCACUAGCCUUCCUCAUUUUCAACAUCUUUUACUGGAUAACAUACAAAAUCAUUCGGCAUGAGGACAUUCACAAGAAAUAGGCAACUUUGAGCUUCUGGGACCUUUUAGCCAAAGUGUUUUGCUUUGUAAAUAAAUGUGAAAUGUCUUUCUGUCAUUUGGACUGAGAGGUUGUCCCUCCCCCUUCCCUACCAUGAUGCUGAAGAGAAGAGGAAGGGGAAAAAAAGUAAUAUCAUAAAAAAUGUGCUUGACUGAACAAAACAAGAUGUUGUAAGACAAUGUAAUAAGGAUCUCCUUAUGUACUCUCAGUAUUGUUCUUCCAUUCUGCAUUGAUCAGACAUUCUUAAAGAAGGCUAAAUUUUACCCAACUUUGUCACUAAGUUAGUAUGUUAAUAAAAUAUCAACCAACCAACCAACCUAAAACACCAACUAUGGGACUGUAGUGGCUACAGUGCAGUGAGAUAUAAGAGGACCAAACUUUUUCAGGAUAAUGCUGCCUUUCUAUUUGAAACAAGUCUACUGAGCUACAUUCCAUUGAUGUGUCUGUAGUUAGUGGUUCACCAAGAAGUCCUUUUGUGGGUUGUAAAUUAUUUCUACUAACAGGGGAAAACAAAAUUUAUACUUGAUUAUCCUGUGGGUGUGUAUUUUAAUAUUAUCUUGCUUUACUAGAAACGUAAUUUAGGGGUUGAACUUGUGUAUUGUGUAGUUUAUUUGAUAGCUAACACUCAUAGAAACCAGUGAAACUACCCAUUUUCUUUUUGUUCAAAGACAGUGCACUUAUUUCAUUUGAUUUCUGAUGUUUUUACAUGCAACUUGAGGUGCCAAACUGUAUUUUUCCUAUUGUGCUACCCUGUACCACACUACUUAUUAAGAUUUCAUUUCCUAUAUGGUGUAGCUCAGUUUAGCAUUGACUUUCUAUUAACGCUCUCAUUUUAGCUGCAAUUGAUAGCUCUAUAGGUAAACACAACAUGUUUACAGACCUCGACUUUAUAUCUUUACUCAAAGUGGCUAUCAUUUUAAAUAUCAUCAACUAACCUAAGAAUUUUAAAACUGUACUGUGAUUUUCAUAACCUGUUACCUUUUGCUGCCAGAGCUACAUGAUUCAAAUCCUUGCUAAAUGUUUUCAAGUUGAAAAAGGUAUUUUUGCUUACACUGAAGAGACAACCUGUAAGAUAAAACAAAACAACAAGAAACAUUAAAAUUUUACACUUGCUGUAAAAGGGUUUACUAAAAAAAAAAAGGUAUUUGUUCAAUUUCAAUAAAGCUAAGUGUGCUACUAAUUCUCCUUUUUAA